GACUUGUUACUCUACGGGCAGGUGCUGCUGUCGUGCCUUCCCAUCCUGUUCGACAUCGACCGGGCAGUCUCCUCGCGUCUGACACGCGUAGGAUCUCAGUAUUGCAGGACACUCCAAAAUUCGUAAAUACACUCAACAUGGGUAUGCGAUUGAACGGAGAAGUCUACCGCACAGAACGCGACGCAUUGAAUUAUCUCAAUGGCGUGUCGUGUAGUUCAUUCAGCGAGGGAACGAUAUGGACCGCGAAUUGAGUUUGGGCGGCCAAGACCCACAUCCCGCUUGAGCAAGUUUGGCAAGAGCAGGAACAUCGCAGUACUAAUGGAAGCAGCUGAAGUCGAUGAAUCCAGCAUGGUGAGUCGCAGAGCGAUGAAUGGACAGAACUGUCACUUGCCGUGCAUUGCAGGUCUAUUCGAUACUCAGGCAAAGCAAUUCCUGGACGCGUCAAGCUCGCUGAGACCCGUCGAUGAAGAGUUCCAUAAUGUAUGCAACAGGCAAUUGAGCACUGAGCUCGUUCUCUUCACGGAACUCUUCACAGUGCAAGGCAUGAUCUCCGCUGUAGCUCAAGGCAUUGAUGUGCAGGGUAAGGUCAGGCGUUGUGUGAAUCUCGCGCGCGUAGCUUUGGCGCCUGUGGGGCCGCGCGCUCGCUGAAGUAGUUGAGCGUUCUGACUUCCCAACUUUUCCUCUCUUCUUCACGAACACAAAUUCAAAA